AACACAAACUCCUCCUUUCCCGGUGACAGGCGGCAACACCGAAGCAUCGCCUCGCCUUUUCCAGCACACUCCGCGCUCUGGACUUAAUGUCGAAGACAUCCAGGUGGUGACUGCUCUGCAAUGCUUCAGCCUGGCUGCUGUUUGCUGAGACCCUGGAAGUGAAGCGCUGAGACCCCUUUGAGUUUGCUGUCUGGAUUUAGGGAUUGCGUCUCCAACUUCUUUCCAACUUCUCGCAAAAAUGUGACAACUGGACUCUUAACAGCACCAUGUGACCGGCUAUUAUGGAUCCGAGAAUCAGCAUACAUUGAAUCUACACUCAUCAAGUCACAAUGGUCCCACUUCUGUUUUUAAUGGCAAUCACAACAACAUCCAAUUUCACCAGCAAUGACACCAAUAAAACAGAAGACGUUACAUCCCCCAGCCAACACAUCCUCCCCACCGUGCUGGUCCUGUCCCUGCUGCUGCUCAUCAUCGCACUGCUAGCCUGGUACUUCCUCAGGUUAAAAAACCAGAGAAAAGCAGUCGUCACAACAGUUGACAAGAAGGUACCCAAUGGCAUCCUGGAGGAACAAGAGCAACAAACGGUGGUCCUUCUCCCAAGAUCCCCCACAGCCGCCAAGACUUACCUACCCAUCCCGGUGGACCACCUGGAGGAGGAGUACCGGCUCCGCUCAGCUGACGACGGCAAGCUCUUCAGGGAGGAGUACAAUUCGUUGCCGGGAGGUAAUGCCCAGGGGACGUACGAGGAGGCCAACAAGGACGAGAACAAGGAGAAGAACAGAUACCCCAACAUCCUCCCCUAUGAUCAUUCCAGAGUGGUGUUGACUCAGCUGGAUGCAAAUCCCUGUUCAGACUAUGUGAAUGCUUCUUAUAUUGAUGGUUUCACAGAAAAGAACAAAUUCAUAGCAGCCCAAGGUCCUAAAGAAGACACUGUAGCAGAGUUCUGGAGGAUGAUAUGGGAGCAGAAAGUAGCGACCGUUGUCAUGCUGACAAAUCUCAAAGAAAGGAAAGAAGAUAAGUGUCACCAGUACUGGCCGGAUCAGGGCUGUUGGACCUACGGGAAUGUGAGGGUGGCCGUAGAGGACUUCACUGUGCUCGUCGACUACACCAUACGCAAGUUCUGUGUACAAUAUCAAGCUAGCGAUGUUGCCAAGACUCCCAGGCUCGUCACCCAGCUUCACUUCACCAGCUGGCCCGACUUUGGAGUUCCUUUCUCCCCCAUCGGCAUGCUCAAGUUCCUGAAAAAGGUCAAAGCGGUUAACCCACCGUUCGCUGGGCCUAUUGUGAUCCACUGCAGCGCUGGUGUUGGGAGGACAGGAACCUUCAUCGUAAUAGACGCCAUGAUCGACAUGAUGCACGCCGAGCAGAAGGUUGACGUGUUUGGGAUUGUCGCUAAGAUACGAGAGCAGCGCUCACAGCUCAUUCAGACAGAUAUGCAGUACUCAUUCGUCUACCAGGCCCUGCUUGAAUACUACCUCUACGGAGACACAGAGUUGGAUGUGUCGUCUCUGGAAGGACAUCUGAGCAAACUGCACAACACCUUCGUGAACGGUGACCGGGUCGGCCUCGAGGAGGAGUUUAAGAAACUGACCAACAUGCGAAUAAUGAAGGAGAACAUGAGAACGGGGAACCUUCCUGCCAACAUGAAGAAGAACCGAGUUCUUCAAAUUAUUCCAUAUGACUUCAACAGAGUUAUUCUCUCCAUGAGAAGAGGUCAGGAGUUCACUGAUUACGUCAAUGCAUCCUUUAUAGAUGGCUAUAGACAGAAGGACUACUUCAUUGCCACCCAGGGCCCUUUGCCGACCACACUGGAGGAUUUCUGGAGGAUGGUGUGGGAGUGGAAAUGUCACUCCAUUGUCAUGCUCACUGAGCUCCAGGAGAGGGAGCAGGACAAAUGUUGCCAGUACUGGCCCACAGAGGACUCCGUCACAUAUGGAGAUUACACAGUGGAGUUGAAGGGAGACACUUUGUGUGACACCUUCAGUCUACGAGACUUGGUACUCACCUUUGUCCCGGAGAAGCAGACGAGGGUGAUCAGGCACUUCCACUUCCACGGCUGGCCGGAGGUCGGCAUCCCGGCCGAGGGGAAGGGCAUGAUCGACAUCAUCGCCUCGGUGCAGAGGCAGCAGCAGCAGUCUGGGAACCAUCCCAUCGUCGUACACUGCAGUGCUGGUGCAGGGCGAACAGGUACGUUCAUUGCACUGAGCAAUAUCUUGGAGCGCGUCAAAGCAGAAGGCCUGCUGGACGUGUUCCAAACUGUGAAGAGUUUACGCAUGCAGAGGCCUCAUAUGGUCCAAACUGUGGAACAGUACGACUUCUGCUACAGGGUGGUACAAGACUUUGUCGACAUUUUCUCAGACUAUGCCAAUUUCAAAUGACGAGAUUUGCCUUAAACAUGGUUUUUAAUGUUGUUUUCUAAAGCUGCUUUGUCAGUUUGAUGUGUUUCUUUAACUCAGUCAAAUGAUCUAUUUUGCUAUGCACUUGUCCUCCCAUUAACUGAGACUCCAUCCAUCGCUGUAAUAUAAUGUAUGUCAGUGGAUGAAAAUUGUACAUGGAAAAAAAAAAAGAGUUAAGAUUAAUAAUGUAUAUUUCACAUCAUUUAUGAUAAUUAUUUUGUCAUGGAGUGUUGUCUCAAACUUGGUCUCUCAUUUCAGUUUGGUUGUAUAAUAAUGUACCUUAAGUGUUUGAGUGUUAUUUUGGAUUGACCACGUAAUAUUUUUCAAAGUUCUAGUUAUUGUAAAAGUAUUUAUGUAUCGAGGAUGACAUUCCACUCUUAAGUUUGGAGAACAUGAUAGGAAUGUUGAAAUGUGUUUUUUUUUUUUUUUUAUGUAAACAUACAGCACAUGCUUUUGUUAAUUCAUGACUUCUAUCUGAGAUUAGAGGCGAUAUUUGAACUAUUUGUCAUGUUUUCAUGCUACAUGCCCAUCACCAAUGUGAUACUCUUUCCAAUGGAAAUACUGUCCGUAAAGGAUGAAUCACUUCAGCCAUAAAGUUAUGAAACAGAGGAGGAGUGACAAAUAGAGCCCGACCGAUUAAUCGUCCAGCCGAUAAUAUCAGCCGAUAUUUUCAUAUCUAGUGACUAUCGGUAUCGGCUAAUUUUAUCACAGAUUAGCACCGAUUUUACUAGAUUUAAUCACCAGACAACGGCAUUACAUUUUUAAGCAUUUUAUUAAGCUAGCAGUUCUCUUUCACAAGCAGAGCGUGCUAUAUGGAUUACAACAAACAUCACCUCUAGAGUGUGAAGCGGUGAUGAACUUGGCAGUCACUUCCAGCUGAGUGACCAUCUUGUUUUUGUUAUCUUUUCCAAAAGAAGUAGAUAGCUGCAUUUAAAGGAUCAACGCAAUAAAUGAGUAUAUCUGAAUAUAUCUCUACAGCUCAAAUAUAUAUGUAAGAAAGAUAUCACCUGAUACAUCGGUAGGUGAUUUUUUUUCCCCUCCCCAGUAUCAGUAUCGGUAUUGGCCCCAAAAAUCCCAUAUCGGUCGGCGCCAGUGACAACACAGGGGUCGAUUUAUAACAUGGAUUCAGGCAGAAGUUUCACACUUUGAUGUAUCACAGAGUCUUUAAGAAACCAUUAAACCGGUUUUGAAACGAAACAUGGUAUGAAACUGCAUUAAACGUGGAUGUAACGUUACUACAGUCCUCCUUUUGUCUGUAGACAGCAAACAUACUUUGCUUAAACAACUGCACAUUAAAAAAGCACAUAUAACUAAGCCUUUUGCCAAGAACCGACAACAUUCAUGAGAAUGGUUAUCGCUUUAUUUAUAUUAGAGAUUAGAGAUUGUUCACAAAUCAGUGCCAUAUAUGUACCUUUUUUUUAAGACAUGGAUAAGAGGAGAACCCCGAUGUUUGAUCCUAAGAAGUAGUGGCUCAAUGCAGUAGAGGCAGUAGGAUUUCAUGACUAAGUGUCAAAUGCACAGCUCAUACAGGACGUUAUUCAAAGAAAAGUCCUGUAACGUCGACAACCACAUCAUAGAAAUGUGGUUCUUCAGUGCCUCCUUAACGACAGAGCUACAAAAAAAUCAUACUAUCAAUGCUUAGUUACUAAUACAUGUUUAAUUUAGAUUACUUUGUUCUCAUUGGUCAACAUGAGGAACCAGAAUGUUUGGAAAUUAAAGCAUUUGGUGACUUCAUUCAUAAGAAGGUAUCUGAUUGUCAAACAUGCAGUAACCCCCGUCCCUGUGGUACUCCCAACAUGAAUCCAAACGUUUGGAAUAAUCCGACCCGGCGCUGCUUUCAUCCUCAGUGACACGUGUCAUUUUGUUGAUGCUGUAUGUAAAUCCUACAUGACAAAGUGCUGACAUUGUGGACGUUUGCUGCGCAGCGUGGAGCUGUAAAGUGAUCGGUUAAAUUGUGUGUGUGAAUCUGUGGGAGGUGCAGCACAAGGAGAGACUAAACAAAACCGUGUGUUUUUACGUCAUGGCUUCUCUUUCGUCUGUACCGUCCUUCCAAGAAUAUCAAGAGGGGCUGUGUAGACGUCAGCUCUUUGCCUUUGCUCUCUCUGUGAGUUGUCCAUCCCCUUUUUCGGAUUCUCAAUGUCUUUCAAAUGCAAGUUGCAAUAUUAAAUUCUUCUGAAAAUGC